GGAAAACUGGAGUGUGAUGUCCCAAACCACAGGCUGGCAGCCUUGCCCACGGUUUGCUGCUUUCCUCCAGGCUUUGCAAACACUUUCAUAACUGUUCCGAGGGGGAGAAUUCUCGCUCUGUGUUCCAAGGAGCCGAGACGGGCAAAACUGUUCCGCGCUGCCGUGGAUGUGAAGUCCUCGCCGUGCUGCCUCUGCCUCUUCUCUCCCAAAAACUCUCAGAGCCCUGAAUUUGCAGCUCUGGAGAUCCCAAAUAAUAAUAAUUAAAAAAAAAAAACCAACACAAAACACAGCUCUGGCUGGAUCUGGAUGGAAGUCGGACCAGGGGAUGAAUAACAGGAGGGAAGAAAGAGCGAAGUUGGUUAUUUCUCUGGCACAUGGAUGCAAUUACACUCAGUGCAUUCCAGAGGCGUUCCUUUGAAUCCUGUGCAGGUCUGCCUGCCGUCCUUGGGAGAGAGGAAGAAAAAGGGAGGACAAGUCCCUCUUGCUGGGAGACGGAAUGUCUGCAUUUUCAAUCCUCCUCUUAGCUUCCUGUUCCGUUUGGCUCUGCCGGGCUCAGACGGAAUUCAAGAGAGUGGCUGAAGAAAACGUGACCCUGCCGUGCCACCACCGCCUGGGGCUGCUGGAGCAGGGCAGCCUGGACAUCGAGUGGCUGCUGCACAUCUCCGAGACCGUGCAGAAAGCGGUGAUCACCUACUCUGGGGGCCGCGUUUACGAUGACCUGAACGAGGAGCAGAAGGGCCGUGUUUCCUUCACCUCCAACUUCCUCGCUGGAGAUGCCUCCUUGCAAAUCAUCUCCCUGCAGUCCAGCGAUGCGGGGAAAUACAUCUGCAAGGUCAAGAACGCUGGGCAGUACGAGUGGGCUCGCAUCACCCUCAAGGUUGUAGAGAAACCCUCCAAGCCCAAGUGCUGGCUGGAGGGGGAGAUGCUGGAGGGGAAGGAGCUGUCCCUGCAGUGCCGCUCCGCCUCGGGCACGGCCCCCAUCUCCUACCGCUGGCAGCGCAUCAGCGAGGAGGACGAGAGAGCCGAGCACCUCCCGCCCAACUCCAGAGUCAACAUCUCGAACCCCGGGCAGGUCGUGCUGAAGAACCUGACCCAGCUGAGCACGGGGCUGUACCAGUGCGUGGCCACCAACGAGGCGGGGCAGGAGAGCUGCGCGCUGCAGGUGACGGUGCAGCAUGCACAAAAUAUCAGCAUGAUCGCCGGGGCAGUGUGUGGAGUGGUGGUGGGGCUCUCCCUCCUUUUCCUGGUGGUGAGGCUGACGAUAAGGAGGAAGGAGAAGAAGAGAUACGAGGAAGAGGAGGCACCGAAUGAAAUCAGGGAAGACGCGGAGGCACCCAAGGCUCACCUCGUCAAGCCCAGCUCCUCCUCCUCCGGCUCCAGGAGCUCCCGCUCGGGUUCCUCCUCCACCAGGUCCACAGCCAACAGUGCCUCCCGCAGCCAGCGGACUUUAUCCACCGAAGCCGCUCCGCACCUGACCCCUCCGCAGCCCAGCCAGCGGCAGCCGGACAGGAAAGAGACGGAGCCCAAGAAAGUCGAUCACAACAUCCCGGCGAGGAUGGGAGCGCCGGCCGUGAUGGUGCCGGCUCAGAGCCGCGCCUUCCAGACCGUGUGAGCCUCCUGGGCCCGGCCAGAAGCGCCACUUCACGCCGCACCAGCCACUUAGCAUCCCUAGGGUAGCUAGUCCUCUUCCCGGUCAGCUUAAUCUUAAAUCACUCGGGAUCGUUCACGCCGCGAGAAGAAGCCCUCCCACUCGAUUCUUUCUGAGCAUCUCCCAAGCGCUGAGGUUCUGAUGCAGACUUUAGAGAGAGAGAGAGAGAGAGAGAGAGAGGUUGGAGGGAAAAGGGAACUUCUUUUUUACAUUAUCUUUUCUUUCCUUUGAAAAAGCGUUCAAAAUUUACAAACAGCAAAGAGCUGUACGAGUGAAAAGAAGCCAAACCUCAGGUUUGUUUGUUUUUUUUUUUUUUAAAAAAAGGGAUCAACAGAGACUUAAAGAGGCAUAAUACUCCAGAGAGCUUUUGUGCGGAGGGAGAAGUCUCUUGGACUGGUUUUGGGGAAGUUUCUCGAAGAUGCGUUGUCUUAAGUGAAGAUUUCGAGGCUGAGCUUGUCCAGCCUCAAAGGGAACUGACAGGUGCUUCAUAUUUUCUGCACUCAGUGAAAUACUGGAGGCUGCAACUAAAGUGGAAACUAAAGGAUCACUCCCAAAGGACCAGUAUCAAAGUGUCUGAACUAAACUCGGUACUAAAGAAAAAAAAAAAAAAAAAAAAAAAAAAGAAGACUUUU